AUUUAGAAAUUCGAAAGCAAGAAAAUUUAGAAUUUUUUGUGGAACAAACUAAUCUUCAACUUAUAAAGGAUUUUCUAAAAUGUAUGCUUGAUGUUAGAAAACUCAUUACAGAUGUUUCUCAACUCGGUUCACUUGGUAGCUUAUUUCAGGCUGAUAAUAUUGUACAAAAGUAUAAUGAUUUAUCGAAUAGGUUUGAUGGGUAUAUGGCGUCUUUGGAUCUAGUGAUGAACAAAUCUACUAAAAAAGAGUAUGAAAUCAAAGUUAUUAGGACAGAUUUGGCAGAAAUGAAAAAGGCAUGUUGCAUACAAAUUUUAUG